GCUCACGUCUUUCACUCACAUAUUUUCUUCAAUCUUAAUCACCGUCAGUGCGAAUAAAGAGGAUGCAGAAGUCGAAUAUUCCAUGUAUGCGAUUUUACUUACGUAGCAAGUGUCAUACUCGUCGACUUGGUAGCUCCGCAACGAAGAAGAAAGAACUACUAGCGACAUUUCCCAUGGGAUUCCGACUUACACCUAAACUCCCAACAUACGACGGUUGAAUUUUUCCUGUGUAAGUAUUGAAGUCACAUCACACCCACCGGAGUAGCAAGUAGAAAAAUCACGACACCAGCAAAUCAUGGCGAAAAGUAAGAAGGGAAAAGCGACUUCCGCCGCGGCGACGGUCCUCACGGACGAGGAGCGCCGACGGCGCGAGGAGCAGCGCCAGGUGCAGCAACUGGUGUUGCGGCUGAAGAAGGAGAACGCGAGCGAGGAGGAGAUCAAGCGCCAGAAGAACCGGCUGAAGACGGAUUUGAAGUACUCCACGCAAGAGAAGCGCGACUACUGGCGGGAACAGAAGAAGAAGAACGCGGAGACCAAAAGAAAUGUCGGCGCAGGUUGUGACCCUUCCUCGUCCAGCAGUGGUCCUCCUGCCACCGGAGAAGCAGCAGGAACGGGCCUAGGACCGCAAGAGGAACGAGUUGGCGAAAGUGAGGCGUGCAGCGUCGACGUUGCUGGUGGUGGUGGUACAACAAGCUCAGGGAUCCUCGUCGGACCAAAUUCGAACAAGCGGAGGAGAGGCGAGGAGACGGAUAGGGUACAAACCGCAAAGGCUGGGACCACCACCGCGCAAGACGACGAGGACCUGUCGGAUUCGGCCGAAGAGGCGGACGAGAACCUGCAGAAACAGCACGAGGUGAUCAUCAUCCCGAUCGUGUGGCGGGGCCGGCACGAUCGGCACUUGCUGAUGGAGGCCGCGGAAAACGUGAAGCGGGUCUUGGCGCAACAGGGUAUCAACACCUGGAUCGAUUCGAGGCGCCAGCACACGCCCGGCCAAAAGUUCGCGUUCUGGGAGCACAAGGGCGUCAAGUUCCGGAUCGAGAUCGGGCCCAAGGACUUCGAGCGCGGAAAGCUGUGUCUCUGUAAACACCCAGUCAUCCCCGGGGACUUUCAAAACACAAAGAAAAUGUACCGAAUAAGGCCAGUUUUGAUUAUUAAUCUUGCGUCGCUUUUUCUUCCCGCGAUAAUUGACAGUGAGUUAAUGCGUAAAAAUGCACCAUUCGAAUUCCAAAUCUCAUCGUCUGAUAAAGUUCCAUUGAUUUCGAAACUUCUGUCCCCACGGCUCAAUAACACGACGCGAUUAUUAAAAAAAACAACAACAACAGCUUCGUCCCGCUGCCACCAGAGGGCGCACGCGAGCUGCUCGUGCAGCUGCAGAAGUUUGGGUUCGAAAAGCUGCAGGGCACGAUUCGCGACGCCGACGAACAAGGCGAGAACCACGAAGCGGGUGGUGAGGAGGUGCCCCGGGAUUACAGCACCCUCUACGACCGGUCGAAGGAGAUCGGGGGCACGGUGGCCGACUACACCCACCGCUUCUCGUCCACGCAUGAGGUAACGAAGUUCGGCGGCGGCGGCAUCCUCAAGCCCGGCGUGGGGGACAGGAGCGGCGCCAGUGGGGACGCACUCACGGAAAACUUCCAGCUCACGACAAAGCAAGCUGCAGAGGAGGACGACAACCGCGCGACACAACCAAAAAAGAAGAAAAGGAAAGUGCGAUGAUGAGUUGCGCUUUUGUGCCGUGCAUGAUUGGGGUGCUGCGGCCCAUUGACGUCUGUAGGCUCAUAGUGCAUUGUGUUUGUUGUUGAACAAGUGCGGUUGGAAUUACUUAAACGAGCAUCGAACCAUGAAAGCAAGUUUGUGUAGCCACGCUGAACCUUGCAGACAACCAAUACAGCCACAGCGAGCGAGAAAUGCCGAUUCGGUUAUUGGAGAAGCCUCAGGAAAUGCUUGCAGGAUUCGCAAUUUGUUGUUCGACUUCGUAUCUUAACUGAUUACUCGCUUUCGAAUCAUAUUGACUUCGUACCAGCUGGGUGACUUCUACCAGCUUCAGGCGACGAAAAAAAUAGGCGAAUGGUAG